CAUCGUCACGACUAACACAUCCUCAAUUUGUACAAGUUGGCGACGAGACAACAUUGUCGAAGUCGAUUAUGAGGAGGUGGAGGGAAGGGUGGGAAUCCUUUAGACCACAUGGUGGUACUCACCGUGUAUAAUUGCGCGAAUUGUCUAUCAUACAAAACAGUGUAAUCUUCCACUUAAAUAAACCGAGAGGUAGAUUAUAAUUCGCUUACGUAAAGUGAGGUGUGAAAAAUCAAAUAAACGAGAAAAUGUCACAAAAUUCCGUAAUCUCAAACCUCUUCAAACAAGGGUUGUUUGGAUGAUGAAAUUCAAUGAGAUAAUUUGGCAAGAUAAAGUAAUUUUUACUCAAUUGGCUCAAAAUGAAGCAAUUGAGUCAAAUCAUCUCGUUUGACAACACAUAAUAGAGAUGCAACAAUUGGGUUGAGCCAAUUUAAAUUACUUCAUUUUACAUCAAUUUAAAUUGACAGAAAAAAAGACAAACAUUUUGAAAUGAUAUGGGACGAAUGAAUUUUGAAACUAUUAAAUCAAAUUGCCUCAUGUUUUUACAUUCAUCAUUCAAACGAAGCAAGAAGUUCAAUGGCGUUCACGAGUAUUUGCAUCCCCAAAAAAAAAAAAAAAAAAAAAAAUACACCCUAAUGAUUAAUGAAGUCAGCCCCCUCCCACUAAAAUACGUGAUUUAUCCUAAUUAACUGUUUUACGAACACAUUUCUUUCUUUUAUCGUCUUUAUCCUAAUUAAUUUUUAAUCCAAGAUGAAACAAAUACAGGUUAUUAUUAUCUCACUUAAUCUCUCCGUAAUAAUUUCUUUUUAAACCCGGAUGAUUAUAUACUUGGAGCGAAAAAUUAAUCAUAACGUACAUUCCUUCUCUCCCAACCCAAAAAAUCGCAUUUCCCUCUUUCAAUUCGCAGUUCCUUCCUUCCUGCGCAACACAGCAAUUCUGCGAUUUCCGUCCGCCAAGCCCAGCUAUUCUCCUAGGGUUUUGCAUUCGAUCAUUCUUCGCGUUCUAGAUCUGAUCGCCAACUCCGAUUUCGCCCCGCUCUUCCCGAGUUUUCUCUAUCGCCGCCGGCGCAGAUCUCGAUCUCUUCCGCUCCGGUAACUUUACCCUCUCUCUGUUUCUUCGCUGCAUUGUGUUUGGCUUGGCAACGAUAUGGAUUCUGGAGGUCGAAUUUGAGAUCGGAAUUUCGCAUUUGUGUGUAAUUGUUUUGUUUGGAUUGCAGGAAUAUACUCUGCUUUCUUUUUUUUCCCCCUAGAGAGGAAUCCGAUUCCGGAGGAAAGCAUUUUCUUUCUAUGUUCGUGUUUGGAUUCGAAUUUUCUCCUCCUUGUGAGUGCUUUUUCCCUCGGGUUGUGUUGACUUGAGUGAUUUCUAUUCUGGUUUUUUUUCUCAUAUUUGGUUUUCGGGCUUUCUGUUCGCGAAGCGGCGAUAAACAGAUCUUGAAAAUUGGCUCCGCAAAAGCGAUCGCAGCGCCACAUGGGUGGCCAUGUGCAGCAGACCAAUGCUGCAGCGGCGACAGCUUUCUACGAUCACGCCGGCGGCGGCGGGGCUCUGCAGAAUGCAGCCGCCACAAGCGAUGCCGGUGAUGCUGUAAUGGCGCGGUGGCUGCAGUCGGCCGGCCUGCAGCAUCUGGCGUCUCCCUUGGCUUCCUCCGGCAUCGAUCAUCGCUCGCUGCCUAAUCUCCUAAUGCAGGGUUAUGGAGCACAAUCUGCUGAAGAGAAGCAGAGGCUUUUUAAGCUGAUGAGAAAUCUUAAUUUCAAUGGAGAAUCUAGCUCUGAACCUUAUACACCAACUGCACAAACUUCAACUGCUGCAGCAUCAGAUGGGUUUUAUUCCCCUGACUUCAGGGGUGAUUUUGGAGCUGGCCUUUUGGACCUUCAUGCAAUGGAUGAUACUGAGCUUUUGUCUGAGCAUGUUAUGACAGAACCUUUUGACACAUCGCCCAUCUUGCCUGAUAUUGGUAGAGGAUUCGAGAAUGAACUCAAAAUGGCUGGUCGUAGAUAUCCAAGUGACCAAACUGAUGCAGAACCAUCAGUAUCAGUCCCUGUCAGUGAAAAAGAAAACAGUGGAAGGGAAAGUAACGUGGCUAAGAUUAAAGUUGUGGUGCGUAAAAGACCACUAAACAGAAAGGAGCUUGCUAAGAAAGAGGAUGAUAUUGUGUACGUUGAAGACAAUUCCUUGACUGUCCAUGAACCCAAACUAAAGGUGGACUUGACAGCAUAUGUGGAGAAGCAUGAAUUCUGUUUUGAUGCUGUUCUUGACGAGGAUGUGAACAAUGAUAAGGUGUAUCGCGAAACCGUCGAGCCCAUAAUUCCCACCAUAUUCGAGAAGACAAAAGCUACAUGUUUUGCAUAUGGCCAAACAGGUAGUGGAAAGACUUAUACAAUGCAACCUUUGCCUCUUAGAGCUGCUCAAGACAUGGUUAGAUUACUGUACCAGCCAGUUUACCGGUCCCAGAGGUUCAAAUUGUGGCUCAGCUACUUUGAAAUUUAUGGAGGGAAGCUCUUUGAUCUUCUUUCUGAUAGAAAGAAGCUCUGUAUGAGAGAAGAUGGCAAGCAACAGGUUUGCAUUGUUGGUCUACAAGAAUUCGAAGUUUUGGAUGUGCAAAUAGUCAAGGAAUACAUUGAGAAGGGAAAUGCCGCAAGAAGCACAGGAUCCACAGGUGCCAAUGAGGAAUCCUCAAGAUCACAUGCUAUAUUGCAACUUGCUAUCAAGAAGCAUAAAGAGGUAAAAGAGACUAGAAGGAACAACAACAACAACAAUGAUGUCAAUGAUUCAAAAAAUGGAAAGUUGGUUGGCAAAAUCUCAUUUAUCGAUCUUGCUGGUAGUGAACGAGGAGCAGACACCACAGACAAUGACAGACAGACACGGAUUGAAGGUGCAGAAAUUAACAAGAGCCUUCUGGCUCUCAAAGAGUGCAUUCGUGCACUCGACAACGAACAGAUCCAUAUACCAUUCCGUGGGAGCAAGCUAACUGAAGUACUCCGUGAUUCCUUUGUUGGUAACUCGAGGACCGUUAUGAUCUCUUGUAUUUCUCCGAAUGCUGGUUCAUGUGAACACACGUUGAAUACGCUGAGAUAUGCUGAUAGGGUCAAAAGCCUUUCCAAAAGUAGCAACACUAAGAAGGAUCAGCCUGUAAAUUCGUCGACUAAUAAGGACACGCUGCCAGCAUCAACUUUGGCUGUUCCCACAGACAUAGACGACAUGCCUGAACAAAGAGAAGAGGCAAAACCAAUGGAUAUGGGGAGAAGACACGUAGAGAAAGAUCAUGACAGGCAGCAGCCCAUGAGUUUCCCUUCAAGUUAUAGCUUCAAUAGCCGACAACUAGAAAGUGGAUCAACUUCCAGCUUAACUGACCGGGAGAGAAUUGAAUUUAACAAUUCUUAUGGUGGUCAACCAAAUGCAAAAAGCUACUCGUCAUACUCCCAGCCCCCAUCUGAACCAGAAGAAAAAGUGCAGAAGGUAUCACCGCCUCGUAGGAAAGGACCCCCGAGGGAGGAGAAAACUGACAAGUCAACAAAUUGGGGGAAGAAAGAUGGCGGUGGUACAUCUGAUGUAGUACCCACCACUGUAAAUUCCAAGAAAGAUAGCAGUAGUACAUCAAACCUCCCAACAAUUGGACGAAGACAUCGAGAAUCUGAUCCAUCUUCAGAUGGAAGUAUCAAUGCUAUACUCGAGGAAGAAGAGGCUCUAAUUGCCGCACACAGGAAAGAGAUCGAGGAUACAAUGGAGAUCGUGCGCGAGGAAAUGAAGCUUUUGGCGGAAGUUGAUCAGCCGGGCAGCCUCAUAGACAACUAUGUAACUCAGCUGAGCUUCGUUCUCUCACGUAAGGCCGCCGGCCUUGUCAGCCUCCAAGCUCGCCUCGCUAGGUUCCAGCAUCGGCUGAAGGAGCAGGAGAUCCUUAGUCGCAAACGAGUUCCUCGCUAGAGAAACAGUACCCUGUUUGGCGUGUGAUCCAAACAAUGUUGCUGCAGGAGAGGGCAGAGCAUCGCUGUGGUGCUUUCUCGGAGAAUCUGCCUCGUCUGCAGUGCGCCAAUGAUGUGUUGGUUCAUUUUGUUGGUGGGAUGGGUGUGGUAUAUCAUUCAGGAUAGGAUGUAUGCAUUGCUGGCUUUGUUGUUAAGUUAGUUUUUUUGUGGGUUCAUCAGUCUUGAGAUGUUUGAAGGGCGACUGAAGAUGGGAACGAAAGGAAGAGGUGGAAACAGUAACAGUGAAUUCUUGUGUAGGCAAUGAAAUGAAAAGAAACAGAAAAUUGUUCAAUAGGCGAUACACUUUACUUAAAGGUAUAAUUUUCAUUUGUUCAUAAUACAUCUUACCUUAAAUU